CACCGCUGCUCCCCCAUCUCUCUCUCUCCUAUCAUCCUCUUUCUCUCUAAGCUCACUCUCCCGGUUCACUCCUUUGAUACAAGUAAAGGAAAAUGGAGGACCAAUAUGGAAUGGAAGAUCUGAGGCAGUACAUGAACGGGAGGCCACUUUUUCCGGCAAUCCAACCACCGGCAGACCUAUUAUCAGGCCACCGGAGUCUCACACAAGCGCAGCACUAUGAGAUGGUGAUGGUGGGUCGUCAGGUAAGUGACAUAGUUGUGCCUCGUGGGCUGCAUGAGUUUCGUUCUGAUUCAACCGCUAUAGGCAGUACUAGUACUACUAGUGCCACGGGUGCUACUUCCACUGCUAGUCUGAGUGGGUUAGAGAUGGAGAUAGGAGGCCUUGGUGGUGAUGGCGGAACUGGAAGAUGGCCCCGGCAAGAGACUCUUACUCUUCUUGAGAUCAGAUCAAGGCUUGAUUCUAAGUUCAAGGAGGCUAAUCAAAAGGGUCCCUUGUGGGAUGAAGUCUCUAGGAUAAUGUCUGAGGAACAUGGGUAUCAAAGGAGUGGUAAAAAAUGCAGAGAAAAAUUUGAAAAUCUGUACAAGUACUACAAGAAGACUAAGGAAGGUAAAGCUGGAAGACAAGAUGGUAAACACUAUAGGUUCUUUCGCCAGCUUGAAGCUCUCUAUGGUGAAACCAGCAAUCAAACCUCAGUCUCAGAAACCCAUCUUGUUGGUGGUAGUUUUCGAUACAAUGCCUCAAGCAACAACACAAAACAACCAAAUCAACAAGCAUAUCUUCAACCUCCAAAGAUCUCUGAAAGCCUUAGCCUCUCUAAUUCCUCAGGAUUUGAUACUUCUUCUUCCGAGGACAGUGAUCUUAAUGGAUCUGCAAUGAUGGACAAUGACUCCACGGAAAAGAGAAAGAAAAGGAGAGGUAAAAGGAGCUGGAAGGCAAAGAUAAGAGAAUUUAUCGAUGCCCAAAUGAGGAAGCUGAUUGAGAAACAAGAGGCUUGGUUGGAGAAGAUGGUGAAGACAAUUGAACACAAGGAACAAGAGAGGAUGAUGAGAGAAGAAGAGUGGAGGAAACAAGAAGCAGCUAGGAUAGAUAGAGAGCACAAGUUCUGGGCUAACGAGAGAGCAUGGAUUGAAGCUCGAGACGCCUCAUUUAUGGAAGCUUUGCAGAAGCUAAGUGGAAAAGAAUUGAAGGGUUCAUCUCCAGAGGAGCUAAUGCUGGCUGAGCUUCGAAGUCUUGGUGAAAAUCAGAAUGAGAAUGGAAGUGCAGCAAUUACGAGCACUUUGAAAGGUGAUAGUUGGCCAGAAAGUGAGAUUACAAGGCUAAUCCAAUUGAGAAACAGCAUGGAACAAAGGUUUCAGCAAAGUGGGUGUUCAGAAGAGGUUAUGUGGGAGGAGAUAGCUGCCAAGAUGGCUUGUUUAGGGCAUGAUAGGAGCCCUUCAAUGUGCAAAAACAAGUGGGAUAGUGUCAACAAUUAUCUGGUGAAAUGUAGCAAGAAAAGAAAGGACAAUUCAAGAAGCUGUUGCUACUUUCAGAACAAUGACUCCAUAUACAAUCAAGGAGGAACAUAUUGCGAAACCAAUGAACAAGAUCUGGAAACAGCACGACUUGCACACAAUGAUCACGGUGCUUCACCUCCCAAUGCUAGCGUUCGCAAUCCGAUGCAUGAUACCGGUUUUAGGUUCUUAAUGGGGGAUACAGAGAAUUUGUGGGAAAAUUAUGGUUUGAAGCUCAGCAAGGAAGAGAACCACUAAAUUGAAUAAAAAGUUUGUUUCAAUUGUUCAUAUCAGUUGAAAGGGGUUUAGAAGAGGAGGUGGCUGACUCUAUUUGUUGGCAGGUAUGGAUUUUACAGAACUGGCAUUCUAAUUUCUAAGGUGGUGAGAUUUGGGACUUGUGUGUUUAUGCAAGUCUUAGUGUAUCUAACUGAUGGGGUAUAUAUGUGUAGGUUGGACGUUUAAUGGUUCUUAGGAGAUGGGCAAUUUGGGAAUUUUUUUUUGUUACAUUAUUUUUAUUGAAUUUUUAUGUCAAGAGAUGUUCUUAGUGGUGCUCCCCAUGUUGGUAUUCAUCUUCUUUUGUAAUAUGUUGCUUUUUUUGUGACAAAUUCUCCUUUCUG